AUGUUUCGAAGUGAAGAUGUAAGCAUGGUUAGAUUAUAUAUCUCCCCAGAUAUAGCAAGAAAUGCAUUGGAAGAGCUUGGCCAGCGGGAUAUACUGCACAUAGUAUCACAAAACACAAAUUUGCUGAAUAAAACAGACCAUUGCUUGGAAAUGGAAAAAAUACUGGCAAGAAUUGCAUUUCUUACCCAGAAGCUGAAUGAAAACAAAGUUACUCUAAUAAAGGGGACAAACAUUCCUCCGCUCAACACAACGAUAGAGGCACUGUCUGCUUCAAUAGAAAAGCACUACUACAGAGUUGCACAGCUUGCACAGAUCAUGAAAGACACUGGAGAGGCAGUUGAGAAGAUGGAGGAGGAUGUGAUUGUACUGCAGGACAUGCAGAGAAUUUCUACGGAAGGGUUUAAAGACUUAGAAUUUGAGACGGGAAAGAUGGAGAACGUCGGAUUGGAAUAUGUGGCAGGUGUUAUUUCAAAAGACCAAAUAUUUACACUAGAAAAAUUCUUGUGGAAGUCAUUGCACGGAAAUCUUUGCUUUGUCUCUGUUGAAAUGGUGACGCCCACAAAAAUGGGGUUUAUAUGUUUCACACACGGAGAAAAGGCAAUUGAGAGGGUUAGAAAUAUCUGUACAAAGAUCAAUGCAAGGAUUAUCAGAUAUGAAAGCCAGGCAACAGAGAGGAAGGAAGGUGAUCUAUUGAAUGUUUCAGAGAAUCUAUCUCAGCUAACUAAGCUUCAUAAGAUUAACACAGAAGCAUUCUAUACAGAGAUAAAAAACAUAUCAAGAGAAAUCGUCAUAUGGAAGUACUACAUAAUUAGAGAGAUAGAGAUAGAAACUGCACUGUCUAAGCUGCAAAUGAACAAAGAUAAUUCCUACCUAACAGGAGAGGGGUUUAUACUGAAAAGAAAUGAAGAGCGGUUUGGAAAGUUAAUUAAAAAAAUAGGAGAGGUGCAUGGAGAUGCAGCAGCUGAAAUAAUUGCGAUACCAGAAGGCACUAUGCUUCCCACGCACUUUGACACAAACCCAAUUACGCAGUGCUUCCAAGAUCUUACAAAUGUUUACAGCAUGCCGAUGUACAAAGAGAUAAACCCAACAAUAUUUUCAGUCUCCACCUUCCCAUUUUUAUUUGGUGUGAUGUUUGGGGAUGUGGGCCAUGGCCUGAUAUUUAUUGGAAUGGGAUUUUAUUUUUUGAGAAAGCAGAAAGUAACAGACCUUCCGGAUUUAGUAGAAAUACUAUAUAAUGCAAGAUACCUAUUCAUAUUUAUGGGGCUGUGGGCUGUGUAUUUUGGAUUUUUAUACGGCGAUUUUAUGGGCUGUUCAUUUGGAAGCCAGCUUUCUGGGUAUACAGAGAGUGGUGUGAGGAAAGGUCUGUGCCUCUUUGGAAUAGAUUACACAUGGCACCAUGCAGAGAACAGUUCAGUAUUUGUGAAUUCACUCAAAAUGAAAAUGAGUAUAGUGUUUGGGUUCUUCCACAUUACGCUGGGAAUGGUUCUGGGGGCAAUUAAUGCAGUGUACAAUAAGAACAUGAUAACGCUGCUUGGGGUCAUUAUACCGCAGUUUAUAAUAUUCUUUGGGCUGAUUGGGUAUAUGGUAUUCUUGAUAAUUUUUAAGUGGUGCACGGGGUAUUCUACAUGGCCAGGUAUUAUUUCUGUUAUAAUUGACAUGGCAUCAUUUAAAACCCCAGAAACCCCAAUAUAUCCAGGGCAGGGCCUAAUACAAACACUUAUUAUGGUGGUGGUACUAGCAUCAUUCCCAGUUAUGUUAUUAGCAGAGCCAGUGUAUAGAACCAUAACAAAGAAGAUGCACAAGAACUCUUCUCUAUCGGAUGUAUGGCUGCACUCUCUGAUCGAAGGAAUAGAGUUUACAAUGGGGCUGAUUUCAAAUAUAUCUUCGUAUUUGAGGCUGUGGGCAGUUUCACUAGCGCACGCAGAGUUGAGUAAAAUAAUCUUCAGUAAAACAGUUGGGAAUGAAGAAAUGUCGCUGGCAUUCAGAAGUAUAAGUUCUAUUAUGUGGCUUGGUGCCACGCUUGUCCUUCUUAUAGGGUUGGAAGGGCUGAGUGCCACUCUGCACAGCCUAAGGCUGCACUGGGUUGAGUUUGGGUCAAAGUUCUUUAAAGGAGACGGUCUUCUUUUUAACCCAUUUACAUUUAAACCCGGCGUCCUUCUAAACUCAGAUAGAAUCCCAGGAGGAAAUACUGAGUAAUUUAAAUAAAUAUUUCG